AUGGGUAAUUGUUGUGGAACUGCUGGAUCGUUGAUUGAUAAACAGAAGAAAGGGAUUAAAAUGGUAAAUCCUUUCUCAUUCGAUCACCACCACCACGACAAGCUUAAGCUUAUUGUCCUAAAGGAACCAACUGGUCGAGAGAUCAAGGUGAAAUACAAAUUAGGUCGAGAGUUAGGUCGUGGAGAAUUCGGUGUCACGUAUCUUUGCACAGAUGUCGAGACCGGAGAGAUUUUCGCUUGCAAAUCGAUUCUAAAGAAGAAGCUGAGAACCGCGGUUGAUAUAGAUGACGUUAAGAGAGAAGUAGAGAUCAUGAGACAUAUGCCUGAGCAUCCAAACAUUGUUACGUUGAAAGAAACUUAUGAAGACGAUAAAGCUGUGCAUUUGGUUAUGGAGCUUUGUGAAGGCGGUGAGCUUUUCGAUAGGAUUGUCGCGAGAGGGCAUUAUACGGAGAGAGCUGCUGCUUCGGUUAUUAAGACAAUCAUGGAAGUUGUUCAGAUGUGCCAUAAGCAUGGAGUAAUGCAUAGAGAUUUAAAACCUGAGAACUUCUUGUUUGCAAACAAAAAGGAAACUGCGUCUUUAAAGGCGAUUGAUUUCGGUCUCUCUAUUUUCUUUAAACCAGGCGAGAGAUUUAACGAGAUUGUUGGGAGUCCUUACUACAUGGCUCCCGAGGUAUUAAGGCGGAAUUAUGGACCAGAAAUCGACAUUUGGAGCGCAGGCGUAAUUCUUUACAUAUUGCUUUGUGGUGUUCCACCUUUUUGGGCAGAAACCGAACAUGGAGUCGCGAAAGCAAUUCUUCGAUCUGUGAUUGAUUUCAGAAGAGACCCAUGGCCCAAAGUUUCUAACAAUGCAAAAGAUCUGAUAAAGAAGAUGCUUCAUCCUGACCCAAAACAUCGUCUUACAGCUCAACAAGUUCUUGAUCAUCCUUGGAUACAGAAUGGUAAGAAUGCUCCUAAUGUAUCAUUGGGUGAAAACGUAAGAGUAAGGCUUAUGCAAUUCUCUGUUAUGAACAAGCUCAAGAAAAGGGCACUCAGGGUUAUUGCUGAGCAUUUAUCAGUUGAAGAAGCAUCUUGCAUAAAAGAAAGAUUCCAAGUAAUGGACACAAACAAUAGAGGAAAGAUUACUGUCGACGAGCUAAGAAUCGGAUUGCAGAAACUCGGGAUUGUCAUUCCUCAAGAUGAGAUUAAAAUUUUGAUGGACGCGGGAGAUGUUGAUAAAGAUGGAUACUUAGACUUUAAUGAAUUCAUAACCUUGUCGGUACACAUAAGGAAGAUGGGAAACGACAAGCACUUAAAGAACGCUUUUACAUUCUUUGACCAAAACAAGAGUGGUUAUAUCGAAAUAGAGGAGUUACGAAAUGCUUUGGCUGAUGAAUUUCACACUACUAGUGAAGAAAUCGUCGAAACCAUUAUUCGUGAUGUCGAUACGAAUAAGGAUGGAAGAAUAAGUUAUGAAGAGUUUGCAACGAUGAUGAAAACGGGAACGGAUUGGAGAAAAGCUUCGAGGCAAUACUCGAGGGAUCGGUUUAAGAGUCUUAGUCACAAGCUGAUGCAAGAUGGGUCAUUGCAUUCUAAUGGGGGUACAAAGUAA